AUCAUAUAAUCCCACUAUCUCAGACUUCCCAUGAGUAGCCACACUCAACAUUAAAUAAAAAGGGAAGAAAUUAGAACAAAAGAGAGGGAGAGAGAGAGAGAGAAAGGCAAAGGAUAAAGAAACCCCAAUCCCCCUUUUGUUUACAAAGGGAAAGAUUUUAAUGUUCCAACCCACCAACCUCCAUUUCUUCAUCUUAAAGUCUCCUGUUAUCCAAUUAUUUACAUCCAUGUCGCAUUAGCACUCGAUUACCGUGAGAAAGGGUAAAACGGGGCAACAUAAAUAGGAGAGAAAGAGAUGGAUUUGAGUUUCAGAAGAGGUGAAGCUAAGGGCAGUGUUGUUGCAGGCUCUGUCUGGGAAACUAGAAUGAAGAGUGAUGAAGUUAAAGGUGGAAUUAAGGUUUUCAAUGCUGGCAGCAUUACUGAAGAAAACAGUAAUGGUGUUGGUGGUACUAAAAGAUUGAGCUUGAAGAAAGGCCAACCUGUUGUCGGCGGUGUCGGGAUGAGAAAAACUUGGAAAAAUGAGAGUUUUGAAGGGUUAGAGAAGAACCCAAUUCAGAUUGCUAAAGGCAAAGCCGAGGAACAAUGCAAGGAGUUGAGUGUGUCUGUUGGUGGAAUUAGUAAGAGAAACCACCAAAUUCGGGUGGCUAAAGGAAGAUCCUUGGAGCAUUGCAAAGACUUGAGCUUGUCUGUUGAUGGAAUCAAGAGUCCAGUACAGGUUAAGAAAGGAAGAUCUGAAGGAAUGAGGGAGCUUAGUAAGUCAGUUGAUGGAAUUGAGAGAAGCCCAAUUCAUAUGAAGAAGCCAAGAUCUGAAGUUCCCAAAAGGAGUAAAGAUGUUAAUGAAGGUGGUGAGAGAAUGGAGGGGAAUUCAGUUCAAUUAAUGAAGUCCAAAUCAGAUCAGUCUGCAGGUAAUGGAAAUGGAAAUGAAGGGAAUCAAAAAGUUUUGGUUUUGGAUGAUCAAAACAAGGGAAAUAAUGUUCCCAUUGAUGAAGAUGAGGAGAAGAAUGGAUCUGAGUCUGAGGAGAAGUGUAAAGAGUUUGGUGUGUGCCAAGAAACGUCCAUUUCAAGCAAUGGAGAUAUAGUUGAUGAUGGUGAUGGUGUUGGUGUUGGAGAUGAUGAAGAAAUUUCUGAAGAAGAAGAAGAGGAGGAGGAAAUUGAGGAGGUUGAGAAUGAAAAGAAGAGUUUUGACAUCAAGGAAAUGACUAUACCAGAAAAGAAGCUUGCUGAUGAAAGGAAGAAAUUACCAGAAGAAAAACCUGGCAAAGCUGAAGUGAACAAGUUACAAGAAGAUAAGCCUAACAAAGUUGUUAAUGAAGUGAAGAAAAUUAGCCAAUUCCAUAAUAAAACCUCACCAUUUUCUUCAACCCUGAAUAAACAGGUUCCACCAGUUGUAAAACGUGCUGCUUCAGUUUACACAACUCCUACAAAACCUACAAUCUCAGAUGAUUAUCAUUACCAGAGUUUCCCACAAUCUCAGAACAAAUUGCAGAAUCUAGUUGAUUUAGUAAUGUGGAGAGAUGUAUCGAAAUCGGCACUGGUGUUUGGGAUGGGAACAUUCAUCAUUAUCUCAUCCUCUUACACCCAAGACCUCAACAUCAGCUUUAUUUCUGCAACGUCCUAUGUGUGUCUUGUCUACCUUGCUGCCAUAUUCCUCUACAGAUCAAUAAUCUGCAGGGGAGUUGUGGACGUGGAUGAAUUAAGCUAUGUGGUUGGAGAAGAAGAAGCAUUUUGGUUACUUAAAUUGGUUCUUCCUUACUUGAAUGAGUUCCUAAUAAAACUCAGGGCACUUUUUUCUGGUGAUCCUGCAACAACAAUGAAGCUGGCAGUACUACUGUUUGUUUUGGCCAGGUGUGGCAGCUCUAUAACCAUCUGGAAAAUGACUAAAUUGGGUUUUUUUGGCGUUUUCAUUGUCCCAAAAGUCUGCUCUGCUUAUUCCCACCAGUUAACUGCGUACGGAAAAUUUUGGAUUCGACGGUUUCGAGAUGCAUGGGAAUCGUGCACCCAUAAAAAUGCCGUGGCAAUGGCCAUCUUCACUCUGGUUUGGAACCUAUGUUCCUUUGUAGGACGAGUUUGGGCAGCGUUCAUGCUAUUUGUGGCACUGCGAUAUUAUCAGCAAAAAAUGGUGACAAAUGAUUGGGUGGAGGAUGAAGACGGGCCUAGUUGUCAACAAACAUGGGAAGGACCCAUUGGAAAACAAACACAUGGGCUUGCUCCAUGAUCCAUCUACAGUUGAACCAAGUAAAGGAUCCUAAGAUUAUGCUUUGCCCCAUACCCACAAUACAUAUGUUUUUUCAAGAUAUAGUUUUAUAGUAGUAUAUAUGGACUGUAAAUAUGCAUGUUGGGUUUAUGUGACUUUACUAGAUAACAACGUUAAGCAGAGCAGCAUGAAAAUAAACAAUUGAUAAGCCAUGUUGAUUACAAUAUAUGGAAAUGGAAGAUGGCGGGUUAGCCUAUUGUUGUUAUUA